AUGAACAUUCUCUCCCCACUCCGACCGAUCAUACCUCGAUUCACGUUAUCAACCUCUACAUUUGCGCCUCGGUUAUUGUUAAAGCUGUUCAUUCGUUUAGAGCUAAAAUCUAAGUACCGUCUUGAUACCAGCAUUUUAUUAAGACUAACCAAAGUUCAGAAUGUUGAACUGGAGGAUAAAUCCAGGGUUUGUCAAUUUUACAUUAAGGUAGACACCACGAUCUGCCACAAGUUAAUAACUUUUGAAAAUAAGAAAAGACAACAGAAAAAUGAAUCAAGAACUUUGCAACAUCAUAUGAUCGAUCAACAUGGUACUCAUGUUAAAGACAGUUCCAACGUUUUUUGCACUUGUGUCCAUCACGACCGUCAGAAAAAAACUGAAUCUGCAAGGGACAAAGAAAAGUCCAGCAAACUCUGGAUAGCUCUAUUGAAAGGGCUGUCCAAAAGAAGGCCAAAAGUAGUGCUAAACCUGACGACGUGUCUCAUUGGCGGUGGUGUUAGGACUGAGCUAUCCGUUUUUGACUCUAGAUUAAUCAUGUUCUGCAGUGCGACAUCACGGCCACAUUAUACACUUAUAAUGGUGAGAGCAGUGAUACCGCACCGUUUCGGCUCAUUGUGGGCAGGCGCUUGCCAGAAUGUAAGAAUUUGUUUAAUAGAAAAAGGUCUCGAACCAUAUCAGUGCGAUGGUGAGAGAGCAGCUCCGUGA